GUUGCAAUUAAAAUAAUCGAUAAGUCGCAAUUGGAUGCCAGCAAUCUUCAGAAGGUGUACAGAGAAGUAGACAUAAUGAAGAGAUUAGAUCAUCCGCAUAUUAUAAAACUUUAUCAGGUGAUGGAAACGAAAAAUAUGAUAUAUUUGGUAUCGGAAUAUGCGAGCCAGGGGGAAAUAUUCGAUUACAUCGCCAAAUAUGGAAGAAUGAGUGAAGAUCAAUCCAGGUCAAAAUUUUGGCAAAUUUUGUCCGCUGUAGAAUACUGUCAUAAUCGUAAUAUAGUACACAGAGACUUAAAGGCUGAAAAUCUUCUUCUAGACUCGAACAAUAACAUUAAGAUAGCCGAUUUCGGAUUUUCCAAUUACUACACGUUAGGCGGUCAAUUGUCCACUUGGUGUGGUUCUCCUCCUUACGCCGCCCCUGAAGUGUUCGAGGGAAAAAAGUAUGUUGGACCUGAAAUCGACAUAUGGAGUUUGGGCGUCGUUCUCUAUGUACUCGUAUGCGGCGCUCUACCCUUCGACGGAUGUUCCUUGCAAGCCCUUCGUGAUAGGGUGCUUUCCGGUAGAUUUAGGAUACCUUAUUUUAUGAGCUCAGACUGUGAAUCUCUCAUAAGAAAAAUGUUAGUAUUAGAACCAAAUAAAAGGUACAGCGUACAACAAAUCAAGAAACAUCGGUGGAUGCAAAUGGGCGUGCCUCCAGCGAUGCCUCCAACCAUCGUAGUUUCCAACUGCCAACCCAACGAACAGAUCCUCCGACUGAUGCAGAGCUUAGGAAUUGAUAGUUCAAAAACUAGAGAGUCUAUCCGUUUGGGAAGCUAUGAUCACCAUGCAGCUAUCUACUAUCUGCUCCUCGACAAACUAAGGAGUCAGUUAGUAGGCGGUGAAACCCAAACAGGUGUACGGGAGGUCCAGAGGCGGAGACCGUCAAACAUUGCGGAGCAAGCUAUGCGAAAAAUCGGACGAGCGAGCACUAGCGAAGACUGCCGAAGGCUACUCCAGCAUUCCAUUACCGCUCCCACUGCCAGUAAUAGUAAAAUUUGCAGCAUGCCAAGAAGUUGCGACACGCACGGUAUCGAUGCCGCUAGGUUACUGGCUGCCACCAACAGUGAGGAUGCUUUGAAAAUUUUAAACCAAGCUAGUAGCAAAACUACUUUCAGCAUGUGCAACGAAGCCACCAAGCUAAUGUCCACCCUCCAGAUGUCAGCCAUUUCCUCGGCUGCGGCCGAUACGACCGUGUUCAAAGAUUACAGUCACCAAGCACAUCCAUACUCAUAUGUUCCAGAUACAUUUUGUACCCAACAAUUCCCGGUACCCGAGAACAGGGGUUCCAUAGGGAGAUUUUGUGCUAGUGGCUAUCGGAGCGCCGAGAUUCAAACUCAGUAUUCCAGCUCAACAGACGAGGGAGUAGAGACUGAUCUCGAGGAACACCAGCCUCGUUUAAGCUAUGCAUCGUCUAGUUCCUCAAGUGGCGUGAUGACCAAUUUCAACACAUCGAAAAGUCUGAGCCAAAACUUAAGCUGUGAUAGCAACUUCGAGAGCUUAGAAUAUCCCCUAUCCGAAUCCAGCGAAUUGGCCAGUAGCUUGCCCAGCUGUACCUCGAGUGAAAACAAACCUGAGGUCACUGUGACCGGAACUCGAGCUUCCCAUAACUACUCUCUGACCCCUAAAACUGCGGUGAACAAGCACAAUCCGCUGGUGCAUAUGUCAAGUCUCAAGACCACGCGAGCCAUCACAAGGUCUCCAGUAGAUUUCAGAGAAGGCCGUAGAGCUAGCGACGGUCUUGUAGCCCAGCAGGUUGCGGAUUCCUCUGGUAAAGUAGUUGCUUUCAACUCGCAGAAGUUUAGUGAGAAACGCAAGGCAAAAGGUGUAUUGGAUAUGCAUCUGGUACCACGAGAGACUCAGAGGCAGUAUUCGCCUAGAGAAGCUGCUGAAGACAUUUCUCAAAGACAGAACCAGCACAAUCAGUACUUGCAGCCGAGGCCAAACAAAAGGAUUAGCCUUCCGGAUAAUUUCAAUUACACGAAUCCUGCCAGUGAGUCGGUUCAGCUACAAACUGCCAUGCAGCAUAGAUUGCUCCAGCAAAAGCGCCAAAUCCUUCAGAAGCAGUGUGCAAUGUCUCACCAACCCAGUCCCGCACCAAACUUAGAUCCCAAUCAUUCCCUAUCAAGAAGGCAGAUGCUCCGACAGGCUAGUUACAAGAUAGCUCAGCAACAGCCUGUGUUACCUCCUCUACCGCUCUCAGAAACAGAGAGUAAGGACUUGAUGGCAUUUCAAGCUCUGGUGGAGAAUCCUGGUGAGUCGUGGAACUGCUUAUCCAGUAAUAUUCCGAAUGCCUGCCAGAUUUCUGAACCUGUUUCUUUGCCGACUACAUCUUGGCAAAAUGCGGGCAACACUUGGAAUCAGGUACAGGUGCAACGUUUGUAGUGCACCAAAAUUUUUGUGUUAGUGCUUAGUUUUAUAGGCAUUAAAUAGAUGUUUUUAUAUACCACGUUCCAAAGACGUGAAAAAAUAUAGUUACAUAAGUGAAUCGUAGUUGUCUUGCUAUAUGAUUGUAGCAUGAAAAUCCGGUAGGCACUGGUAGCAAAUCACAUCUGGCAAAAGUAAUAAAUUCAUUCUGUAUUACCAAUGUUUUGAAAAGCAUGAACAAAUUGUAGGAAAAUAUUUCUUGAGAAUUAAGUUAGAAAGGCAUUGAAAGAAAUCUACUAAUUUAUUUACUAAUUGUUCUUUUAAGAUUUAUGAGACUUCAGGAUCAGGGUCCCUUGCAAAGCCUAGCUUUGACAUCAGCAGCCAAAUGGAAAUAGAUUUCUGUCUCUCUGCAGCUUUCACUACAAAAACAAGUAACUGGGUAAAACCCAAGAGCUUUGCGAUUGUGAUCGUUCGUAUACUUGGAGUAAUGAAAGAAAACAGAUGCGUCAGCAAUGUGUGUAUUUUUGAAAUCCACCAAAAAGUAACCCAUACUCCAAUUCUGAACCAAUUACUUAGUCUGAAUUAUCAGAUGUUCACAGUUGUAUAGUUGUGAGGACAACAAACUAUUUCGUUAGUAUGAAAAAAAUUGAAGCCGUAGAAUCGAUAGUACUGUCAUCAAUUUGGUCUCAAAUUGCUCACGACUCUCUUUUCGAUAUACCGAGUAUUAGCUAUUAUCCAAACAAUAGCUCCAGCUGAUCAAACACAAAUGUUACUAUUUUUUUAUUGUCAUGUUUCAUUUGUGGAAAAAAAUAGUGAUUUAUAAAGUAUAUUUUAUUGAUGAAGCUUGUGUAUUCUUUCAUUGCCUCAACUGUAUUAAUGAAAAUACUGCAUUGCCCCAAAAAAAAACUUCUGCAUAAGUUUUAUCAACAUGAAUAAUGAGUGAAAAUGUGCUUUUUCUGAUAUCUCACUGACAUAUAGAAUAUAAAGCAAUCGGAUCCAAGAGACAGUAAAAUGACUAGUCAACGCUUGUAUCGAUACUCGCAAAUUUUUCUUCUUCUAUGGUUCAAUAUUCUCGGGGAUCACAUAUAUAAUAUGCUAAGCUGAUCUAUUGAAUUGUAAAUUGAUAUUAAUCAAGAGUAAAACCUCUCUGUACUGCAAGCAUUCAACACAUUGGAAUUGAAGGUACUUGUUUUAGACUUGACCGUGAGUUAAAUGGAAAACAUUUAAAAAAUAUCAAAUAGCAGUUUUUCGAAAUAAAAAUUGUAGCUGAAGAGAGAUUAGCACUGCGAAUCUAACAUUAAUCUACCAUAAUAAGAAUCUAGAGACAGAUCAGAAAUUUGUGGCAUGGAAAAAGAACAUCUCAUCUGUUCAACAGUUAUGAAAUAUUUUCAUCACCUGUACAUCCGCUCUCAGAAAUGAUUGUAAAUUAACAAAUUUGACAAAGUGAAUGAUCAAGUUAUCAAUAAAUAAAUUGUAGACACCAGUUGCACUGUUGUCCAAGUAUUAUAAACUAGUCCUUUUAGAAGUGAAAGUAAAUGUUAUUUAUUAAUUUUGUAGUUGAUUUAAGUAGACAGUUGUAUAGCUUGUUUUAUUUGAAUAAACUUUUUUCAAAAAAU